AUGGAGAAUCCAGUUAAAUCCGUGGCUACACUUGAGUUCGGCAUUUGCUUCUACUUGAGCUGGGUGGCCGCCGGGCUGGGUCUUGUGUGUGCCAUUCUGCCAAACAUGGUGAGACCCACUUUUCGAUUCGCCUCAAAAGUCGAGCACGACCAAAUGCCACUUCAUAUGCUCUACCAUCCACAGGAGAUGAACCAUUCCGGAGCUCAACUUAGCCGGCUUGGACGACGACGCAACAGCUCGUUAGAAUCUACCUUUCCUCGAGAGCAUCAAUACUCGCACCAACUUAACUACGACAAUCCUGUCUUUCAGUUAGGCCAGACGCAUCCCUCAAAUGAGCUUGACGCUCUUCACAAUUUCGCCAGGGGACAUCCUCCUUAUCAACACACCUAG